AUGAAUAAGAAAAAUUUCAAAAAUGAACGUAAAACUAGAGCGACAGCUGGAGCUGUUUGUGGAUCUGAAAUGCAUAUCGCAUCUCAAACUUUCAAACUCAAUGAUAAUACUGUAAGUUGAAAUUUUUUUCAAUCUCAACGAUGAAUUUAUUUGUUUUUAGAUCUCAUCUGUUAAUCCAGAAGAUUAUGCAGAAAUUGUAUCAAAUCUACAAUCAGGUACAGUAGUCCCUUUCGAUUUUUUGUUCGAAUUUUAUUUAUUUCAGCAGUUUGUCUGAAUGUUGCUCGCCGUGUUGCUUGUCCAGCACAUGAUUCCAAAUUAUGGAGCGAUUUACCAAAUAAAAAAUUAACAUUUGCAAAAGUAAUGUCAAAGAUUUUAUUUGUUCUUAUGUCGUUCAUAUACAUAUUUUUACCUCCGUGGCCUCCGAAAAUGUUCAGAAAAAUUGUUUUUUGUCAUCCUCAACAAGGAAAAUAUUAUUAUUUGAUUGGUGAAUCGGUAAUUUAUAUCUAGAGUGACUAUAAAUUUAUCCAAUUUUUUACAGAAUGGAAAAAAGAAGGCAUGUUUUAAGGCUUCGGAAACAAUUGGAAUGGAUCAUUUAUCGAUUUGUUUACCUCAAAUGAUUAAACCAAAAGUAAGAGCAGUUGAUGUUUUUUAUCAUCUUCUAAGAUGUAAAGUCUUUACGCUUCCAUUUAAUGAAAAACAAAAACUAAUCUGUGCGAUGGAAUUAUAUUGUGAACAAUCAAUUAGAUGGUUACAUCGAGAUAAAAAUCGAACAAAAAUCCGAUCACCAAACCUAAUCAUAUUUUCCCAACCAAAUUCAUCAGAUCUUGGAUGUUGCCUUAUGAUGGAUCCGAAUUUCGCUGAUAUCGCUGAUUUUCUUCAAUGUGAUCUUCUUAUUUUUGAUUAUCCUGGUUACGGAAUCAGCGAAGGAAAAACGAAUGAGAAAAAUGUUUAUGCAGCAAUUGAUACUGUAAUGAAAUAUGCGAUGAAUACAUUGGGAUAUAAAGCUGAUAAAAUAAUAUUGAUUGGUUUUAGUUUAGGAACAGCUGCAAUGGUUCAUUUAGCUGAACAAUUCAAAGUUGCUGCACUUAUUCUAAUUGCUCCAUUUACUUCAUUUCUUCGGAUUGCAACAAGAAAACCAACUAUUAUAAAACCAUGGUUUGAUAUGUUUCCAAGUCUGGAAAAAUCGAAAAAGAUCCAAUCUCCAACAUUAAUUUGUCACGGCGAAAAAGAUUUUAUUGUUGGACAUAAUCAUGGUGUAAAAUUACAAGCAACAAUUCCAAAUAGUGAAAUUUAUUUAUUACAACAUGCAAAUCAUCAGGUAUCAAUAUUUUUCUGAAUUUCCAAGAUUAUUUUUAUUUCUUCAGGGUAUUUUUUGUGAACGAGAUAUGUGGGAUCAUGUUGAAGAUUUUCUCGGAAGACGUGUUGGAAUCACGAAAAAUUGGAUAGAACAUAUGCAACAAGAAUCAACAUUUUCAGAAGUCAGUGAAGCUUUUCAUGAAGAAAUGAAUAGCAAGAAAACAAAAAUGUCUGAAUAA